GAGCUCUUUUAUUUUUUAGUAUAAUUGAAAGUGUGAAUUAGUUCAGAUUAUUAAUGGCAGACUAAACAUUGCCAUGGACUCAGAUGACUCCUAUAUAAGGAUGGCAAAUGGCAGCUUUUUUUCUCUCUUCCUGAUUCUCCCAGCAGCAGCGCGACAGAAGCAGGUAGGAGGGGAAAGACAAACUCAUUCAAGAUCGGCUAAGAACACAAACCACACACAAGAACACUGGGAAACUUCUGGAAACACUUACCCAUACGGUGAUAUCACAUAACUAUCUUAUUUCAUGUCUUAGUUUUCAGAAAACUGUAUUCUUCUGGAUUGUUUUGUUGAGAAUUUGGUUGUCUGCAGAUUCAUUCUCCUCCCAGUUUGUCACUUAAUACCAUCAACUUGUUGAUCAUUCUGUUGGAGAAGAGAGACAUUGUUAUUAACACUGAAUAGCACUCAUCUCGCAGACAGGAAGUAUCCCAUAAUAACCUGAGACAUAGAUAAGACAACGAGACAUCACAUGGACUGACUGUCUUCAGUGAGCUUCACUUCAAGGAGGCAAAAUGUCUGACAACGUGCAUCAUCUGCCAGAGUUGAAGAUUGUGCUGCUGGGAUACAGAGCUGCUGGGAAGAGUUCAUCAGGAAACACCAUCCUGGGAAGAGAGGAGUUUGAUACUGUAGGGAGAACAGCUCAGUGUGUGAAGAGACAGGGAGAAGUAGCAGGGAGGCAGGUCACUGUGGUGGAGGCUCCAGGAUGGUGGAUUAAUCUUCAGUUAGAGAACACUGAACUGACUAGAGAGGAGAUUGAGCUCAGUGUGUCUCUGUGUCCUCCUGGACCCCACGCUAUACUGCUGGUCAUAAGUGGGGACAGUUCAUUCCCUGAGACAUAUAGAAGGUCAGUGCAGGAACACCUGGAGCUUCUCAGUGAGAGAGUGUGGAGUCACACUAUAGUGCUGUUCACCUGUGGAGACUGGCUGGGAGACACACCCAUUGAGCAGCACAUUGAGAGUGAAGGAGAGAGUCUGCACUGGCUGGUAGAGAAAUGUGGGAACAGAUAUCAUGUCCUCAACAACCAGAACAGAGAUGAUCACAUGCAGGUUACACAGCUGAUGGAGAAGAUAGAAGAGAUGGUGGCAGGAAGCAGUGGGCACCAUGAUGAGAUUGUGAGUGGAGACUCCCUCGCUGACUCCAGAUCUCUCAGUAGUUCUGCAUACAGCUCCUUCAGAUCUCAGGAUGGGCGAGAGGAACAACAUACGCGUCCUGUCAAGAAAGCAAGAAGCUUUGACAUUAUACCACCAAGAAUGGGUGGAGAAUCCAGUGGAAAUUCUGACCACUGGUCUUUCACCAGCUCUGCAUACAGCUCCCUCAGAUCACAGACAGGAUAUGACAUCAGCUCUCUCCGUGGUUCCAUGAGGUCUACAGCUUCUUCACAGAGUUCUGGAGUUGGAUCUAUGAGUUCUAGAGCUGGUUCUGUUAGAAGUUCAGACUCCAGAGGAUUCAAGUUCCCAAACCUGUUUAAAGCGAAGAAGGCUCUUGGAGAUCUUCCUGAGGCCCAGGAGGCAUCAGACUCCACACACACCAAGAAGGAGAUGGAGUCAGCAGAGAAGCUGGAGAAGUGAAUUAAUCAGGAUAUACAAGCUCCAGUAUAAAUAGUGUCUGAUGAUAUAAACAAUUAUGACUUUCAGUGGACAUUUUGUUAAUACAUAUUUCACUGUAGACAACUCAAUCCUUUGAUUUCUCUGUAAACAUGAUACCAAACUGCAGACUGAAUACUUCACUUUAUUUAAAUAGGCUGAAUGACUGAAUCAACAUUAAAUACAUCUCUAAAACUAAUUAAGAUGAAACAGUUUGAAGCAUGACUAUGAUUCUAUAAUUUCUUAUGUUUUAGCAGUACUAACACAUUUUAGAAUGUCAU